AUGGCAGAGCAGAAGCUGGAACUCAGUGAGGUGGAUAGUAGUUUAAUUGACAAACCCAGAAAAGCUCCCUCCAGACUUCCAAAUAAAUAUGAAGGAAAAAUCCAGCCAUGUGUCGCUGAGCUGGUGGGAACAAUGUUCUUUGUCUUCAUUGGCUGUGCGUCUGUUAUUGAGAAUGUGGAGUCUGCAGGCAGACUACAGCCAGCACUGGCUCAUGGUUUUGCAGUGGCUGUAAUGGUGGCAUGUAUGGCUAAGAUCAGUGGAUCUCAUUUUAACCCUACAGUCACUAUUGCCAUCUACUUAUGUGGAAGAAUGCAGCUGGGAAUGGUAGUCCCUUACCUGGCCAGUCAGGUCCUUGGAGGUAUACUGGGUGCUGGAAUGGCAAAGAUGAUGACACCAAGGGAGAACUACAUGAAUGCUACAGGUGCUGCCUUCACAAUUCUUCAAACGGAAGAUCAGCUGGCAGGAGCCAUCUUCGGUGAAAUUGCUAUGACAUGCCUGAUUACCAUGGUAGUGCUCCUGGGGGCAGUCAACGAUAAAACCAAAAAUCCCAUGGUACCUUUUAUGGCGGGCUGCACCGUCAUCAACAAUAUCUUGGUCGGAGGGGGUGUGUCCGGCACCUGUCUGAAUCCUGCGAGAGCCUUCGGACCAGCAGUGAUGACCAACUACUGGAACUAUCAUUGGGUAUAUUGGGUCGGCCCUAUUGGCGGAGGUUUACUGGCCGCAACACUGGUUCGAGUACUGCUUGGAGAUGAGAAGAUUCGGGUCAUAAUGAACUGA